UUCUAUGUUUACAUGUUUUGCCAUUUUGCUGUGUUGGUUCGCCUUUUUUUGAAUCUUUCAUUCUUGUUACCCUGGUUGCGCAUUUCCACUUUUGGAAUUUUGAUUGCAAAGCGUUGAAAUUUUGCGUUGAAAUUCUGUUGCAACUCGAUCACAAUGGCCUCGUCCUCGUCAAAUAUCAAUUACCGCACCUCCGCAACUUUACCAGCGGUCGAGUUCGUUGCUCAGAUUGUCGGCCACUGCCGAGCGGAUGAGGUUGAUUUUGAGGGGAAGACACAAGACGGUACUGAGGACGAGCCGGGGACGACGACGACGUCCUCAGGAGCAGCAGCAGCGAAUGCGAACAGCCUUAACGAUGCUCCUGAAGGCCGGCCAAACUCUCCACCACCACCCGAGGAUCUUCCCGAACCCAGAAGGUGUAUUGGUAAAUCCUUCCUGGCCCCCCUCCAGACUGCUGGUAGAAGUGCUUCAAGCAGCGCACCAGGCUCUUCUUCUAGCACCAGAAAUAAAGACACAGCACACACGGUGUACAAAAUCAAAGUCACUGACCUGUCGACCGCGAAGCAGCACUUCGUCUACCGGAGAUUCCGGGAAUUCCGAACGCUCCACGAGCACAUGAAGGUGAAGUACCCAAACAGCAACGACAACUACCCGGGUAAUUUGUUCCCGAGUCGGAGGCUCUUCAACAUCGGCAACAAAGACCCGCAAUUUUUGAAGAAGAGGCAGCUGGAACUGCAACUGUACUUGAACGGAGUGCUACUUCUCGAGCCUGACUGCAAGACGAAGUGUCUGGCGAAUUUUCUGCAGUGUCCCCACGCGCCGGAGGUUUUUGACAAAACGGAAGCGGGGCGGGAGCGGAGGCGAAGUGCGAUGGGUGAUGUAGUUCGUGCGCAGGACGAAGAGGAGGGGAGGAGAAAUAAAGGGAGCGUCAGUCGGGGUGAUGGACGAGAAAAGGAGAACGAAGCCGACGGCUCAGCACACGACGAUCAUGCUGGCGAACAGGAUGAACAUCUUCGACAUCAUCCUGAUGUGCACGGUCGUGCAAGAGGACCACAUCAAACUGAAUCGACGGGGGCCAAGAAACCGCCGUUGAAGAUUCUUGGACAAAAUACACCGAUCGUCCUUUCCGAUUGGGACGAUCCCUGGUCCGCGCCGAACGGGGUCUUGUACAAAGCCCAAGCGAAGUUGAUCGACCUGGCGCAGUCGCCCGUGACCCUGGACGACCAGGAGGUGCAACACCGCACGCAACGGUACGGACUGGCGCUGCGGACUCACAUCUUCGAGCAGCCGGUGGAUCCGAUCUUUUUCUUGAAGUACCUGUCAACGGGGAACAAAUUGCGGGUCGUGUCACCAGCGACGCCGGCAGCUUCAUCGCCGCCGUCCUCGCAGAUAUUAAGUGAACAAACACGAACAAACAGCAGCGGCGGGUCUACAUCUUCCAAGGCGAAGAAGAAAAGUGUUUUGUGUGAUGACUUUCAUUUGGAGUUCUUUAGGAAACUGGCACCGAGCGUGGACAUCGUGAAUCCAGAACUGCUGAUUGUACACUUUCCGAAAGACGAGGAAACAGAAUUGGUCGUCGAAAAGGAUGGCAUAGGUGCUGCUUGAGCAAAGUUUGCAAAGUUGUGAUAAGCCCGACUUUGUUGACCCGUUGGGCACAAGUCUUGCUGUCGUCGGAUGCUUUGAAGGUGGUAGAAAUAAGUAAGCGGCUCUCAUGAUUAUAGAAGAUAGGGACACGAAUAGAGCAAAGUGGAAAAGUUUCGAUACGACUCUAAACGAGCGGAACUGUCCGCAGUAUUUGGCUCGAAGGAGAAAUGAAAGUAGCUUCAGGUGUUCGCAAAGCAAGAAUGAGUGAUCUGAUGCCUGCUGUUAGGUUUCGAAAAGGAGACGAAGCAUAAUUUUGCGUGUUUUUUUGCUUUAGAUGUGGGCGCAACUCGUUUGCGUAGCCGCGCACCUCCUGGGCUCGGCUGGGGGCGGAGGCACGGGCCGCCCGACCCCGACGCUGGGCGGCCGACUUACGCGCGUCCCACCUGAGAAAGCGCGGGACAAUCCGGGCGGAUAUGUGUGGGACACGCGGGGCGCUAAUUGGGCCCGGACAGUGGGCCAGCAUGUGGCCGCGCCGGGGAAGAAAUUGCCCCCGGGGUUGGUUGGUUGUGCUUGAUUUACUGACCCAAGCAGGUGGCCACGCAGCGUGGCGCGGUGUGGUAGUGGGGCGCCGCGAAGAAGAAGGUCGCGAGGCUUCCUUCGCGGGGGGGUGCGGU